CAAAUAUAAAGACUCACAUUCAUAUGACGAUUAUUUUGUGUUUAUUUUGAAGAAAAAGAGAAAACUCAAACUCAAUUCCAUCACCAACAUCAACAAAGACAAUUUUAAAGCUAAUUUGUAAUUUUGAUUUUUGAUCUCCCAAACUAUUAUCAUCCAUCAUGUCGGGUCGUGGAAAAGGUGGUAAAGUUAAAUCCAAAGCUAAAUCACGUUCAUCACGUGCUGGUCUACAAUUUCCUGUGGGUCGUAUUCAUCGUUUACUUCGUAAAGGAAAUUUUGCUGAACGUGUUGGUGCCGGUGCACCAGUCUAUCUUGCUGCUGUUCUAGAAUAUUUAGCCGCUGAAGUAUUAGAAUUGGCCGGUAAUGCUGCAAGAGAUAAUAAAAAGACACGUAUUAUUCCACGUCAUUUACAAUUGGCCAUCCGUAAUGAUGAAGAAUUGAACAAAUUAUUAUCUGGUGUUACAAUUGCACAGGGUGGUGUACUGCCAAACAUCCAAGCAGUUUUGUUGCCGAAAAAAACUGAAAAAACAGCUUAAUUUUUACCAACCAAAAAUUGAGGAACAAUUGCAAUUCACAUUCUCUGUACUUGUUUGUUUUGUCUUUGUAAAAUUAUCAUUAAAAAAUGAAUAAAUCCAUUCAAAAUUAUAAUCAUUAAA